AGACAGUAAAGACUCCACCCAUGUUAAGUAGGUACUUUUUUGUAGGUGGAGAUGCCGUGUUGUGUCGUGCCAAGGCGAGGCGAGUCGGUGGAAAUGCGCCAAUAGUUUACCAGAGAGGCUGUCUUCUUUUCUUCGUUUGUGUCAUAAGCUUCUGUUUCAAAAAAAUGCUCUGGCUGAUUUGUCCGCUCAUGCUGCAGUAGAAAUAUGGCAGCACUAAUUCAUUCUAUAACAAUGAAAAUACAAAUUACACACUGGACCUUUUAAAACAAAUUAGUUACCAAAAUAGUUUACCUCUGUGCGUCAUAAUAUGGUAAAUAUAAAGCUGGAACUUGCUGUGUGUUAGCUUAGCAUAAAGGAUAGAUGGAAGCUGGCAGAAAAAGCUACACAAUUAAUAUAUUUUAUAAACAAAAGCAGUGGAUUGGAAAUUCUAGAAAGUUGUUUGUCUAAAGCAAGAGAAAUAUUCUGGCACAGAAGAAAGUAAAAAUAUUGAGUUUUAGUCACUGGAGGAAAAACUUCUUGUGAUUAACAUGACGCAUGAAGCGUUCAAAACAAAGAAAAAUACCUAACUUAAUGAGCUUGAGUUGUCUCCACUUGAAUAUAUGAAUUUUUUCCAACAUAGAUGUGUAUACAGAGAAGACUACAUGUACAGCUCUCAUGCAGAAGACCGACAGACCACAACCUAAGCAGCGUUUCACUUUAUACCACAGAGGGGAAAAAAAAAUCUGGGACAGGAUGGAACCUCCCGACUGUAACCGUGAAACAUUCUAAAUCGUGCUGAGGCAAAUCAUACUAAAUACACACUAUUAGAGAUAUUUAAAUAUGCAAUAAGUCUUAAAUUUCACUGACAAUUCCUUUAAAACAUUUAUAAUCAUGGUAAAUAAACUGACUCAGUUUCUCUAAAUUCAAGUGUCUUUUCUUCCAUGUGCUACAGAUGCUGCAGUAAAGAUCCAACAGCCUUUGACGCACUCCUGGGAAAUAUGUUUGCUGAACUGGAGAAAGGAUUGUCUAAAACACACAGCAUAACAAAAAAGCUGGGGAUCACAGACGUUUACGAGCAACGUGAUGCUGCUGAAUACUACGAGAAGAUCCUCUGUCUGUCCAGUGCUGAGGCGUCCAAGAUAUUCAAAGGUGAGCUCAUCCAUAAAACCACAUGUGUCGCAUGUAAGAAGAGAAACAAUUCAAGAAGCCGUUUUUGGAUUCUGCCACUACCAAUGGAGGACUCACGUGAUCGAACCUACAGCGUGGAGAGAGGCCUGAAGGCUUUCUUCAAGAAAGAAAAGGUCUUUGGGGAAAACAAGAUGUACUGCAACCAGUGCAAAGAAAAGCAAGACGCAGUCAUUGAGAGUGAAAUAACACAAAAUCCAGAGAUUCUGACCCUCCUGCUCAAGAGAUUCACCUUCAACUACGAGUGCAAUUGCUACAUCAAGCUUCACUGUAAAGUUUACAUGCCAGAGACUUUGCACAUGGAGAAUAGUAAAUAUGACCUCUACGCUGUUGUGAACCACUUUGGUGACCUCACAGGAGGUCAUUACACGGCAGAAAUCAAAUCCUUUGAAAACGGAGAGUGGUACUGCUUCAAUGACGAUGUUGUUGAGACGGUCAGCAAGCCGUUAUUCAGCUCUGGGAACACCUCUGUAAGGUCCCAAACAGCAUACCUCCUCAUGUACAGGAAAGAGAGCCUAUCUUCUGAAAAUCCUCAGCAUCAAGCUCAAUGUUCACACUUAGACGUGGAAGAAGGAAGACAUGUUGCGGCACAGAGGCGUCAUUGUAAACUGGAUGAAAGUGGCAGAGGAAGGGACCUGUUUGGCGAUGCGUUGAAGACGAGCAACGGUACCUCCUCUGGGAAACUGGAAGAACACAAGGACUUGUUGCUUCAAUCAGACUCUGAAGAGGGUGUGGAUAUUUUGGAGCCAAGCUGGGUAAAGCAAAGGUCACAUUUUUCAAGGAUGCAAAAAGACAGAGGACAUCAGCAUCUUCAGUUUAACUCAGAGAGAGUCACAAAGCACUAUGACUUUGGUAGGUUUGAACAGAGCCAGAGCCAGAUUUCCCCAAAGAAUAUACUAAAGCUGCAUGAUAUCGCCUGGGACCGGACAGAGAAACACUACAGUGCUCGAAGAACUGAAACAAAAACUAAAUGUGGGACUGUGGGAAGCCCCAGAGCUGAGUCUGCGGAAAGUGGGUUCGUCGCAGAUGAAAGUAUAGCAGGGACAAACAACAGCUGUUCUCCCUCUUCAGUUAUUUACCCGUCGAAACCUUUGCUUAGUAGCUACAGCGUGAACACACCCAGCGACUGUCGCCUCCGCACAAAGCACAAGAACCACGCGGAAGUGCGGCAGGUCACGACUGCAAGUCGGAGGAUGACACUUCAAAAGAGGGAGGAGCCAGUCAAACAGAAGCCGUGGAAGUGGUGAAAUAGGAGAAAAGAUAAUGUGACGUAGAUUCAGUCGAUCUUUUUUCUGCUUCCCCCAAAGGUCUUCAGUGCUGUUUUUUUCAUCUCUCGUUCCUCUUUGUUCCAGUGCAGAUUGCUCAGUGACACAUUUAGAGGGUGGUGUGUGAGGCGUGGAAGAACCUAUUUACUUUUAGAGUGGAUCUGAUCACAGGAGAGUGAUUGCUUCACUUUCUUUAAAGAAGUGUACUCCUAUUUCUUUGAGAUAGAUGUAUAGACUUUAAAAAGGGAUUGUCAUUAUAUAAAUAAAUGACUUGUUGAUCUUAGCCAACUUGUUUCGUAAAUCAAAACUUUGUUCGUGAGAGAUUUGCUUUUCUCUCCUGUCACACAACAUCAGACAUCAGAAAAAUACAGGGGAUUAAAGCUUGGGUGACCUUGUGAAUUUCCCCUGCUCUUUCAGUCGUUGGUAUCCUUGUGGUAUUUUUAGUACUACACAUGACAGCCUAGGUCGUUUUCUUUUGCUUUCAGUCUCCUCUCACUUACAAGAAGUCAUGUUCUUUAUCUGCAUAGACACAAACAUGUUGUUGUGCCAAAGUCUGAUGUGGGAAUGUCGGGUGGUUUUCCAGUUAUAAUUUCUAUGAUGUCAACAACACAACAGGUUGGACCAGAAAAUGUCUUCAGUGAAUAGACUGAAAUGGCUGAUAGACUGUCAAUGUAUAAUUUUGUAUUUAUUAUUUUCUGACUAGUUUAUGUUCUGGGUCAUGUGAGCAGCUCAACUCAAAAAGUAAAAGACAGAUUUUGCUUCAAGUUUUCUGCAGAUGAUGGGUAAUUUCCACUUAAGAUCCUGGUCAUUAAAGAAAAUGAUGGUUAUCCAAACUGUCUUUUCUCUAGUUAAUAUCAAACCAAUUGUAUUGUUGGUUAUUUUUGCACUGUCCUGGACUUGUGAUUAGCAGGUUUUUCAUGUCAAACACAACACUGUAAUGUCCAUGCUGUUUAUAGUAUUUAUUUUAUAUUAAACUUUAUUAAACACCAGCUGUACAUGAACCGUUAUGGGUGAGACACCAAAUAAACAGUCUGUAAUUGUG